UUUAAAGCAGUUAUUCGCUUGCAAGUAACAAGAGCAUAUUCGUAUAUUUUAUAAGAAUGAAUCGUUGGUUGAAUCGUGUGGCUGUUGUGACUGGCUCCAGCUCUGGAAUUGGCGGUGCCGUCUGCAAAGAUUUGGUGGCCAAGGGCAUGAUUGUUGUGGGCCUCGCGCGUCGUGAGAAUCGUUUGCAAGAGCUGAAGUCUGAGCUUCCAGCAGAUCAGGCAACUCGCUUCCAUUUCCGCAAAUGCGAUGUGAGCGAUGAGCAGCAGGUGAUCGAUACCUUUGCCUGGGUGGAUCAGACACUCGGUGGUGCCGAUGUGUUGGUCAACAAUGCGGGCAUUGUGCGUUUUUCACCCAUCAUCAAGGAGGGCAAUAGCGCCGAUCUGCGCGACACACUCAACACUAAUGUGAUGGGCGUUGCGUGGUGCACUCGCCAGGCCUUCCUCUCGAUGGAACGACGAAAGGUUAAUGAUGGUCAUGUGGUGAUUGUUAACAGCAUAGCUGGUCACAAGAUUCCACAAUUUACUGGCUUUAGCCUAAACAUGUAUCCACCCUCAAAGCAUGCGGUCACCGCCAUGACCGAAGUGCUGCGUCAAGAGUUUCUGAGCAAGGGCACCAACAUCAAGAUUACGAGUAUCAGCCCUGGCGGUGUUGAUACCGAAAUUGUUGACAAGAGUCGCAUUCCUAAUCUGGAUGAAUUCCCCAUGCUGCGUUCCGAGGAUGUGGCCGACGCCAUCAGCUACUGCAUUCAGACGCCACCAAAAGUGCAGAUUCAUGAGCUGAUCAUUAAGCCGGUGGGAGAGAAAAACUAAACUACAAUUCGCGAAUUAUGAGAUACUGCAAAUUAUAUUGCUUGAUAAUUAAAAUAAAC